AUGUCCGAGGAUCCCACUGCGGCUAGCAGUGGACCCUUCAGAGACAUGGAGGUGCCGGACGAGGCGCUUCCCGUGGCGCCUCUCGACAUGUCCGAGGAUCCCACUGCGGCUAGCGGUGGACCCUUCGGAGACAUGAAGGUGCCGGAUGAGGCGCUCCCUGUGGCGCCUCUCGACAUGUCGGAGGAUCCCACUGCGGCUAGUGGUGGACCCUUGAGAGACAUGGAGGUGCCGGACGAGGCGCUUCCCGUGGCGCCUCUCGACAUGUCCGAGGAUCCCACUGCGGCUAGCGGCGGGCCCUUCAGAGACAUGGAGGUGCCGGACGAGGCGCUUCCCGUGGCGCCUCUUGACAUGUCCGAGGAUCCCACUGCGGCUACUGGUGGACCCUUCAGAGACAUUGAGGUGCCGGACGCGGCGCUUCCCGCGGCGCCUCUCGACAUGUCCGAGGAUUCCACUGCGGCUAGCGGUGGACCCUUCAGAGACAUGGGGGUGUCGGACGAGGCGCUUCCCGUGGCGCCACUCGACAUGUCCGAGGAUCCCACUGCGGCUAGCGAUCCCACUGCGGCUACCGGUGGACCCUUCAGAGACAUGGAGGUUCCGGACGAGGCGCUUCCCGUGGCGGCUCUCGACAUGACCGAGGAUCCCACUGCGGCUAGCGGUAGACCCUUCAGAGACAUGGAGGUGCCGGACGAGGCGCUUCCCGUGGCGCCACUCGACAUGUCCGAGGAUCCCACUGCGGCUAACGGUGGACACUUCAGAGACAUGGAGGUGCCGGACGAGGCGCUUCCCGUGGCGCCUCUCGACAUGUCUGAGGAUCCCACUGCGGCUAGCGGUGGACCCUUCAGAGACAUGAAGGUGCCCGACGAGGCGCCUCCCGUGGCGCCUCCCAACAUGUGCGAGGAUCCCUCUGCAGCAAGAAAUGAAUCUCACCAGACCUUCUCGGAGUCACUCAGCAUGACAUUGCAAAGCUGA